GUCUGAUAAAUACACAUGUACCUGUAAACUGAAAGUGAUCAGUGGCUAAUCCUGAACAAGACAGGUAUGUUUUGCCGGUGGAGAACGAAGCUUGUUCUCAUCGGCGGCUUCUCGGACAGUCGCAAACCGUGAGACCGGCAGCCGCGAGAAAAUGGCGACAAAGAAAAGGUCUUGUUGGCUGUGGCUUGAAGACAGGCUCUACUCUUUCUGUGCUGAAUGCUCCAUCAUAGUCCUCACCCUAGUCAAUGUACUAGUCAUAGUGACGGAACUUCUCAUUGAAGUGGGCGUCAUCACAGCUCCCAAUUCUGCCAUCACUACCAGCACCCCUACUCCACACAUUACUGUCACAGAUCCGGAGUCUAACACUACCAUCGGUGCCUCAGUGGACACCCCCCACCUUGACACCUCAGGGGAGGAUACGCUUGACCCAGGGGUUAAGAUAGCAGAAUCUGUGUGCCACUACUUCAGUCUGGCCAUAGCAGUUCUCUUCACUGUGGAGAUAUGCAUUAAAAUGGUUGUGAGAAACAAAGACUUUUUUGCAGACAGAUGGCAGGUGUUUGAUGGCAUGGUUGUACUUGUGACCCUGGCUUUAGAGAUUCUGUUCUCCCUAAUACAGUCUGUGUCAGAGUAUGCAGAGCUGAGUACUCUUGUGGUCAUUCUGAGGCUGUGGAGGCUCCAUAAAGUGUGCAAUAUGAAAUCAAAUGAAUGGAACAGAGAAAGUGAAAUAGAGAUCUAUCAGUAUGAAGAAUCCAGGAGAAAAGACGAUGAAAUCCACAGACAUUUACAGCUAAAGGUGGAUAAGCAAGAGAAAGAGAUCAAAAGACUGGAAAGUAUGCUAAGAAGAUAUCAGCAGGACAAUAAUUUUGACAGUAACAGAAACAACACAGAAAAUUUGUUGGACAUUUUAGAAUCUAAGGAGCCAUAUGACAGUUAUGCCGAGGUGAAAUCUAACACAAUUAUAGAGACAGCCACGCAGGAGGCUGCUCAGGUCAGAAAGUCAUUUCCGUGGAAAGCUGCCAAUGGGCAUGUCACGUCUGAACGCCCUGGGGCGCAGGACUUACAAGAUAUGUGUACAAACAGUGAAAGUGAUGUUGACAAUGUUCCCUACAGUAGUGGGGACCAAAGACUGUUCAGGGCUGACAGUGAAAGCUCCAUGUCUCAGGACGGUGGGUUGACCACUGUCCACAAUGUGAUGGUGGACGUGGAAGGUGGUGGUACUGAUCAGCAUUCUGUGGAUGGUCACACAGACACAAAUUCUGCCAAAGAUGAUAUAGAUGGUGAUCCAGAGGCUCCAUAUGCUUACACUAACCAGUCAUUUGAGACGGAUGUCAGUCUAGAUGAUCGGAACUGGCCCGUGCUCUCUGAGAUAGAUGGCACCAAGACCUACAGAAGUGCUGAAGGGAUUCCAAUGACUUCUCUCUAACAUAAGAUGUGUGGGGAGAGAAAAAAAGAGAUGGACUGAGAUCAGAUUAUCAUCGAACUAUUUGAUGUAGAGAAAGUAGGAACUAACUGUCAUAAUAAAGCUAAAUUUGCCCCAAGUCUUUCCUGCAAACUUUCUGAAAUGACGGUUGCUGAUUUGUACUGAUAUGUAUAUGCAUGCAUGUUACUACUAUCUUUAUACUAGACUGACUGUAAACAGUCAAUACUCUAUAUUAUCCCAGGCAUCUUUGCAUACACUGCUGUUUUUCAUUCUUAUUCGGUGGAAUUCUAUCAAAAACACUGUUCUACAUUAGCAAUGUUAAGAUACAAGGAUGUAUUUCCUUCAUCAGUGUUGAGUCAUACCUAUUACUUUGAUACAAGAAAUGCUCUAUUUAAGGAUUUUGC